AUGGAGAUUCGGUUAAUUCUGCUUUUGUUCUCGCUAAUUGCGUGCGGAUUAGCGGAGCCAAUAGUGUAUUCCGCGAGGCUGGUGCACAGAUUCUCGGACGAAGCGAAGGCGCACGCCGGAGUUAGGGUUUCGAAGAAUGGAGCUGGAACAGGUGGCGGUCCGUGGCCGCAGCGACGGAGUUUGGAGUAUUACCGGCGGCUGCUAAAUUAUAUGUGGAUUGCCUUAGGCACACCCAAAGUCUCAUUUCUUGUGGCGUUAGAUACUGGAAGUGAUCUAUCUUGGGUUCCCUGUGAUUGUGUUCAAUGCGCACCAUUGUCCUCUAGCUACUAUGGCAGUCUGGAUCAAGAUCUUAACGAGUACAAUCCUUCUAGCUCCAGCACCAGCAAAACUCUCUCCUGCAGUCAUCACUUGUGUAAUAUGGGCCCUGAAUGUCUGAAUCCUAAGCAGCAAUGUUCAUAUACGGUCAACUAUUAUUCAGAUGAUACCUCAACUUCUGGAUUCCUGGUUCAAGAUGUUCUUCAUCUUCUUCCCGGCCAUUCUGAUGGGUUGAACAAAUCUGUAAGAGCUCCAGUCGUUAUUGGGUGUGGUAGUAAACAAACUGGUGGCUACCUGAGUGGAGUUGCACCUGACGGUCUAUUGGGUCUGGGACUCGGAGAAAUUUCUGUCCCAAGUUUUCUUGCCAAAGCAGGAUAUAUUAAGAACUCAUUUUCUUUGUGUUUUAAUGAAGAUGAUUCUGGGAGGCUUUUAUUUGGGGACCAGGGAGUAGCUGGCCAAGAAACUACUCCAUUUUUGCCAUUUAAUGGGAAAAAUUCAACUUAUAUUGUUGGAGUGGAUGCAUGCUGCAUUGGGAGUACAUGUCUUAACGAGACGAAUGUCGAAAUGCUUGUUGAUAGUGGAACGUCGUUUACAUUUCUUCCAGAUCAAAUCUACCAAAGAGUGGUUGAGGAGCUUGACAAACAAGUUAAUGCUUCAAAAUCUACCUUCAAAGGCUACCCAUGGCAAUAUUGCUACAAGUCGAGUUCUCUUGAGGUGUCAAAGGUUGUUCCUUCAUUCACUCUCAAGUUUGCAUCAGCUAAAGGUUUUGUCAUCAAGAAUCCUGUUUUUGAUAUUUACGGAACUCAGGGUGCAGUUGGAUUUUGUUUAGCAAUACAACCAACAACAGAGAUCGUUGGGACUAUUGGACGCCACGAUCUGAAUAAUGGGGUGCCACUAAAUGCAUCAAGUAGCAGCAACUCUCCUAAUUCAUUGCCUUCAACCGAACAACAGAGUGGGCCUAACGGUCACGCGGUUUCGCCUGCAGUUGCCGAGAGGACACCGUCCACUUCCUCAAUCACAUGCCCCUCGUUUUUGGUGAACUUCUUCCUGUUGCUUUUCAUAAAUAUAUUGCCUUUUGAAGUUUUCGUGUAAAUUCUUAUUUCUAGUAUCCUAGUCUUGGCAUUAUUUUUUAUUGCUUUGAUUUUUUUUUUUUCUCAUUGCAUCUUUACCAUCCCACCUUCCAUUUUUAGGUCUGAGUUAGGAUGGGAGUGUUUCCAUGUAGUCCAUCUAUUGCCCUUUUGCUUUCAUCCUUUACUACUAUAAUGUAUUUGUUGUUAUCGUAAACUUAACCUUUUCUCUAGGGAUGUAUGUAACUCCUUAGCUUAGGUUGUGUAGUAUAUUAACCAUCUCGAUGUUUGUGUAUCCUGUUUCUAGUCUGUUUAUGAUUUACUUACCUCUUUGAUUUGUAACUUGCGAUUUUCGCCAGCCUUUCCAGUUCUUGUUGAUAUCAUCUAACCCACAAGCUGUGGUCUGAGUUUUAUAUUUUCAAUGGUCUAGAAAUCUUUUCACUUUAACGGGCGCCUUUUGUUUUUCUCAUUUCAUAUCGAACAACCAUGGAGAAUAGUAGCUGGGGACACACAGUGCAUUUUUUAUUUUUCUAUUUUUUCUGCUCUUGCAGGUGCUCUUUUAAUAAUUCAAUUUGCAGAUGAUUUAAGUAUAUAUGUGUGUGUGUGUGUGUG